AUGGCCCAUACUCAUCAUACUCAUCGUCGCAAUCGAUCAUUGUCCGCUGCCGACCCGCCCGUCGUCAUUCAACAACACCAGCAGCAUCAUCAGCACCAGCAACAGCAGAAUCACGGACUCAUCCCAACUCGACAAGCUCCCGAGCCUCCUUCGUCUCGUCGAAUAGCACCCUCGUCGACGGCUGCAGCACCACAAUAUCGGUCCUACGGUCAGUUCAACGAUCAUUUGCCGCCUAUGCGAGGUGAGACUGUAUCGUCGCCAGGCACAUUGAUGACGCCUCAUGAUACUGCUGCUGCUGCUGCUGCUCAACAUGCUGUUGAAUCUACAGCAGCAAAAAAGUCUGCAAAGGGCAACAAGACAGGCGGUUUUGGGAAACUACUGAAAAAAUGGGGAAACAAGCAACAGCAACAGCACCACCAGCACCACCAGCCAUACCAGCACCAGCAGCAGCCAUACCAGCGCCAGCAUGAUCCAAUUGCCUCAUCGCCACCUCCUUCAGCGACAACCUCCUCCUCAUCCUCUUCCAUGAUGAACCCGCCAACAUCACCCAAAUCAUUGGAUAAUCCACACAAUAUACCAUUGGCACCGCCAGCACCUGCACCGCCAAAGCUGCAAUCAAUUGAAGUAGGACAGCGCACUUACCUGCAACCUGAAUUAAAAAAAGGCUGGCAGGAAUCAGAUAACUUGCUAUCCGCGAUCCCAGCUGAACUUCGUUCUCGACCUCCACAACCGGCUCGCAUUGUCGAAGGCCCGCCGCUUUCCUUGUAUGACAUACCUCCUCCUCCUCCUCCGCCAUCGUCGUCGUCUCAACAGAAGCAGUACCAGGAAGAGCAACUGCAACAAUUGCAGCGCUUCCAGCAGCAGCUGCAGCAGACAACACCGCUUUUGUCGUCAUCUUCAUCAUCCUCGUCGUUAUCAUCUCCAACAUCAUCUAUACCUCAUCAUCAGAGUAGCAAUAGUAGCUACAAAAGUCCAUCACCACCUAUCAAUAAUAAUCAUAAUAGCAAUAGCUAUAACAGUAAUUCCCAGCACAAAGCAAGUCAAAAUAACUCAUCGUUACCGACACCGCCAUCAUCAAUAUCAUCAUUGCAGCAGCGUCAGUAUCCAUACCCACAACAACAACAACGACAGCUACAACAGCAACCUCUGCGAGGAAUUCUCCAAAAGCCUCCUCCUCCUCCUCCUGAAAUAAUAACAACAGAAACACCUGCUGCUGCUGGCAGUAGCGGGUAUAAUAAUAAUUACAAUGACAAUAUUGCUGCCGCUACACCCAUAUACCAGCAGCAAGCUCAACAAAAGCGAAACGAACAAGCGGUCAAUGGCGAUAAUACUACCAACAGCACCAACGAUGAUAAUGAGGAUGAAGACGAGGCAUAUGAAUCAUCCGCUUAUAAACCACAGCGAUUUUCAACCUGGUCAUAUGCAUCUACUGGCAAAUCGUCCGGAACGUACUCAUUGUACAGUACAUUUGGACCCGAGUCACGACCAUCGAGUGAAAGCGCUUUCGAACUGAAUAACGAAAAUGGAAACAACGAUGACGAUGAUAAUAGCGAUGAUAAUAUAAACAACCAAGCAAAGAAGGAAGAGGAAAACGGAACAGCGGCUACUACCACUGUGAAGAAUAACCGGAGCACCGACAACAAACUAGUAGAUGAGAUAAACGACGCUACAACUACAUACAGCAAUACAAAUGUACUAAGUGACGGCGAGGACGACGAUGACAUUGAUAGCAGCAGCGACGACGAUGCUUUAUUUGUGGAUGCUACUGGCAUGUCACAAGAAGACAUUGAGCGUGAAAAACACGAACGACGUCGAUUAUCGAAGCGAUUAAGUGGAGGCCAUUUCGGCAGCGCCGGCGGUCUCAUGGUUAGUAUCAGAUCCAGGGCAUCAAUGCAACCACCUCCGCCUGUUCCUUCAUUGCCGCCACCACCACCACAACAACAACAACGGCAGCAACGGCGACCUUCAGAAGACAUAGUACAAGCCAUGCUUGAGUGGAAACGACACAGUGGGAGUGCGAAAAUAGAGAUACCGUCGAUACCGCCUCCUGGAUCAUUACCACCUCCCCCGCGACCUAUUAGAAAGCGACCGACUGAACAACAGCCACCAGAACCUCGCUCAGAACCUCAUCAACAACAGCCAGUAAAGGAGCAGCAGAAGCAGCAACGUCAAAAAGAGGAAGAACAGAAACAGCAGCAAUUUUCACAAGAUGUUGAAGAUGCCCGUGCAGCAGCACAAAAGUUAUGGAAGAACGAUGAAUCAUUUGUAUCGACAGAAAAGGCUGCAGAAUGGCUAGGUCAAGCGAAACCGCUACAUGCAAAGGCUCUCGUCUAUUACAUGAGUCAUUUCGAUUUUUCCGAUAUGCUAUUAGAUAAGGCAUUCCGCAAACUAUGCAGUAAGCUUUAUUUCAAAGCUGAAGCACAGCAGAUUGAUCGUAUUCUGGAAGCGUUUGCUCGACGCUACUGGAGAUGUAACCCGCAGAGCAUAUUUGGCAACGCCGAUAUCGUAUAUGCCGUCGUCUACUCUGUGCUGCUUUUAAAUACAGACCUGCACGUAGCACAAGGCAACCACGUACGGAUGGCCCGGCAAGCAUUUGUUCGAAACACCAUGUCAACCAUUCGAGAUCAAGUGCGAACACUGCCACCCGAAAAGCGCGAUCGCACGGGUCAGCUGUUUACGAAAUCAUGGGAGUCCGAUAUGGAAAUAUACCUCAAAGAGCUCUACGUCUCUGUCAAGCAAAGCCAGAUUUUGCAGCCAUUAGAGCAUCAUGAGCAGCAACAGCAACAGCAAAACCAACUAUCGAUAACGAACAACAUAGAAAAACGAGGAAGUAUCUUGGGUGGCAAAGUGGUCGAGUUUACGCGAAGCGUCAACACCAUAAUUCGCAACAAAUCUGGUCGAGAAAGCGCUGUCAUUUAUCCAGUAGUAACAGACGAUUCAUUACACAAGGCCAGCAACCCAUCGUCUCCGUUAGGUUCACCUCGUCGGGAUUCCUUCUCGUCAUCCAUGUCUGGUGGAUCACUGGCUUCGUCUGCUGCUCGCAAUAAUAACGGUAACAACGGCAGCGGUAUGCUCUCUCCACACCAGCCCAUGAUGAGCUUUAUGCAAUCCCAUGCAUCAGAUAUGUUUACCAGCCGACCACCGUACCUUAAAGAAGGUGUUGUUAUGCGUAAGCACUUGUUGGAAAAUGGCAAUCACAAGGCAAAACAUCGAGAAUGGCGCGAGUGUUUUCUUGUGGUUGGCCAUGGCGAGCUCAAAAUGUAUGCCAUGCAAGGCAGCACGAAUGAAGACCGACGAAGUAUGCUGCGCGUUAAUAGUUUCACUACUCUGGCUGAUUCGUUGCAGGGAAGCAAACCGGCUGCAUCUACGCCAUGGACUUCAUCCAUGCAGCCUUUGGGUACAAUCACGCUGAAUCACUCUUUAUCCAACAUCCUGCCACCGCCGGGCUAUAAUCGACAACGGUCUCAUGUAUUUGCCAUUCAACAAUCACAUGGUGGUGUGUUUUUGUUCCAGGCACCAUCGCAAGAACAAGUCAAUGAAUGGGUCGAAACCUGUAAUUAUUGGGCUGCACGACAGAGCAAGGAGCCAUUACCCGGUGGUGUGAGCAAUAUGGAAUAUGGAUGGGGUGCUUGUUUGAACGACGUGAUAUUGGAUCUGGAUGCUUUGGAGAUUUCUGGAAAAUAUUUAGGUGAUCCAGAUGCACUCAGUAUAUAUGACUGGCGACCGCCGGCACCACCUACGGUGUCCAGUACUCUGGAUGAUAAAGUGCAGUGGGAUGCGCUGCAAAAACAUUUGGAUGCACUUAGUAAUGAAAUUAAUGAGCAUCGAGAAUUAAAGCGGAAAAUCCUUGUCAAGUUUCCAAGUAAAAGCCAGAACCAUUCCAAGGUUAUGACCAAUUGGGAAGCUAAGUCGAAUUAUCUGCUACACGAUAUCAUCAAGUAUCAGAACUACUGCGAUGCGUUGGAAAGAAGUGUGAAACGCCGUCAACAGCAACAACAACAACAACAACAACAACAACAACAACAACAACAACAACAACAAAAGCAGCAGCAGCAACAGCAAAAAGUGGCCCAGCAACAAGACCAUCAACAUCCUCAUCGUCAUCGUCAUCAACAACAACAACAUAUUCAGCUACCUUCAAUAUCCAUAGAACAAGAGAAAAGCUUGGACCUGUUCGUUGAAAUUGAGAAAGAAGUCAAUACUGAACUUUAA